AUGCGCAUCCUCUCCUUCAUCGAAGACGGCGGGACACCAUCCGCACACGAGCUCUCGGCGCUCUUUGACGCCCUGGCGCCCAUCACCCCACAGGACCUGGAAGGGGAUUGGUCCGGCGGUGAUUUCCACGACAGCGACACCAACUCCAAGGAGGAGCCGCCGCCCGUGCAUCCGUGCCACGCCAUGCUGGAGAACUACCGCUGGGCCGGCAUGGUGGUGAGGGGGGCCGAGGACGUGUUGCCCGUCAUGAGCUGGACCGACGAUGGCCAGAGGGUGCACAGCACCUAUUGGGGUGGGGGGCAGCUCCGCGAACUCAAGCACCGUGGUGUCGUCUCGGCCAGCCUCAUUUUCGAUUGCUACCCCAUCAUCGAUCAUUUCCGCCGCGUCUCGGACAACACGCUCAUGGCCCUGCUCGACGCCAAGGACAAGCACUUGAAGGAUGCGGGGCCGUAUUUCUUCUGGAUCAGGAAGUAG